AUGGGCACAACCAACCCAUUAUAUUUAUUCGCCACACCGCCGCUUCUCCCUGCCCCUGUUCACACAUUUCGCGCUAUUGAAUCCAUCGAAUUUUUGGGGCGUUUUGCAAUUGGCUGGGAAAAGCGGGCAAUCGCUGAUGCGCCACUCACCGGUCGGCCUCCCAUCACAUCGGCCACCACCCACAACACCACAACGGCUCUCCAUUCACCCCACGCCGCCGAUGACCACGGGGUUUCUGGCCUUCUACUGAGUUUUUUCCCGUCAGAAUAUACGAUCCAAGAAAAGCAAGCC